AUGUUCCUCGUCCGUCGUCGUCAACAAGGCAAAGGUCCCUUUCCCCAUAAAAAGGUAUACCCCGAAGUCGCAUGGCUCUACGAUCCCGCUCCAACUCCCGAGGGAUCAGUCCACAAACGAGAUUCAGGCCAGGAAGCCCUUCUGCAACCUCGUCACGAUGAAAUGGAGCAAGCCUUCCUCAAUCAUCCAGGGAGUCCGGAACGUGCACAAGCUACGAGCCCUUUCUUGGUGCCACCGAGGGCGUACGGUGGGGAGGAGAGUGCAUUGGGUCCGGCUGCGUGGCAGCAGGGUGGGGGCACGAUUCGGGCUGUGAGGCGGUCUUCGGCUUCGGCUAUGGUUGGGGAGAGACCUGCUAUUUUUGAGGGACCGCAUGCGCGAUAA